AUGCAGAGGAUUAACCCCUUAGGUUCCACAGUGAGUAUCACAAGCAUGCUUUACUGCAUAUACAGACUGAUUUUACUGUUGCAGAUUUACCUACCCAUGAGGAGUACCAUGCAGGGGAGGACUGACCAUUUGGAAACUCGGGCACUGCCCGAGGGCCCGGGGUCAGUAGGGGGCCCCAUGAGAUGCCCGGUACCUUUUUCAUAGGCUUUUUUGAGUUUGGGCAAGGACACAGGGGCCCCAUGAUCCCCUAUUGCCUGGGGGCCCCAUGA